CGUCAUCUUGCUAGCAGAUUUAGGGAUGUCACAAAGUGUCCAAAUACAACAGAGAUAUCCAGAGAAAUGCAUCAGUAUUUGUACAAGAACAAGAGGAAAAAAUUCAUGUCGUUGGAGGUUGAAGAUGAUCAUGAAGUUGGUGAUGAUGAUAUGAAUGUGGAUGGUAGGCCUAUGGGUUCGUCUGGAACUUCAAAUCCUUCUAUUACUCAACCAAGUUCAGGUACAAAUGCCAAAUGGAAGCAAGCUGUCCUCAAGUUAACUCAACCACAAUUACAAUCAGUUCCUUACAUGGUGAUCUUCUUCCUCAACCUGAUUGGACAGCUUGGAACCAAACAGAAAGAAGAGAUAAGACUGAAAGAAGCACAAGCACGAGCUGUUAUCGAGCAUGGGGAGUUAGCGUUUAUAACAGUUGACAGCAGGCAAACGGCUGCUAAUGAGAGGAUUGCAUUAAGAUCCCCUAUGCUACAGGUUGUCCGAUUAGCAUCUUUUCAGAAUUCACUCUCUGUACCCCCAUUUUUGAGUUUGCCUAAGCAACCCAAGGCUGAAAGUGAUGACUCAGGGAUGCUUAAAGUUACGGAAGAGAGGAGAGUUAGUGAGGUUGCUGUUGGUGGGGGCGGGGUUGUGGUUGCUGUCACUCGUUUUCCAGCAGAGCAGAAAAGACUAGUUGGACCUCUUGUUAUCGUUGGUGUUAGGGAUGGUGUUUUGUGGCUAGUCGACAGAUAUAUGUGUGCACACGCAAUAUUCCUCAACCAUCCCGGCAUUCGUUGUCGCUGUCUUGCAGCUUACAGGGACGCUGUCAGUGCUGUGAAAUGGGCAAUUCGACUUGGUAGGAAGCAUCAUGAUGACCUAGCACAAUUUAUGAUUGGGAUGGGUUAUGCUACUGAAGCACUUCACUUGCCUGGAAUAUCUAAAAAAUUGCAGCUUCAUUUGGCCAUGCAGAGCAACUAUUUAAGAAGAGCACUUCAGUGUCAUCUAACAAUGAGCAACAGCAGGGAUAUCAGUCAAGAAGCUCUUUGUUUGGAUCUGAGAGAUAUAAAGAGCUUGACUGAAAAGAAGGAAAAUAUUGUGGAAGCUGUUCAAGGAAUUGUAAAGGAGUUCAUGGACCUUAUCGAUGCUGCAGAUGCCACUGGGCAGUCCGACAUUACUCGUGAAGCUCUUAAAAGAUUAGCAGCUGCAGGUGCAGUGGAGGGAGCUUUACAAGGUCAGGAGUUACGAGGGGUCGCUUUGAGGCUAGCUAAUCAUGGGGAGUUGACACGACUCGCUAAUUUGGUUAACAACCUGAUAUCAGUUGGUUCUGGACGAGAAGCAGCAUUUGCGGCUUCACUUUUGGGUGAAAAUGGACUUAUGGAGAAAGCAUAGCAGGAAAUAGGGAUGCUUGCGGAGGCUGUUCUUCAUGCUCAUUAGUUAAUCAAUGCAACUUUCGAAGCUGAGCUGGGGUCUCUUUGGAAACAGCUUCUCUACUUUCGUGUAGAGGCUGACGGGCGACCUUCGUUGAGAUCCUUGGUACAAUCUUGGAACAAAAUGUUGCAAAAAGAACUGGAGUGUAUCUCUUCAACAAAAACUGACGCUGCUGCUGCUUUCUUGGCCUCCCUUGAGGAACCCAAGUUGACAAGUUUGGGAGAUGCGGCCAAAAAGCCCUCCAUUGGAACUCUACCUCCUGGGAUGGCAUCACUCUAUGGUCCAAAUCUUUGUCAAACAAAUUGACCCGGCAAGCAGCAGCAAGGCUUACUUCAGAAAUCAGAUACACCAAUGUCAUUAGAAGGUUCGGAAACCCCACCACCGAACCCAACAGAUCUUCUGGCUCCGGACGCCCACAAGAAUCUGCACCACAACCACCACCGCCGCCGCAGCAAGGCUCUUCUGGCCCACAACGGUCAGAAGAAUCAGUUGGUGUUGCCCCACAAUCAGUUUCACUUGCAACCACAGAAAUGAACCAAAAAAAGAUUGUGAUAAUCAUCAGGAUAUCGCCACAUCGCCAUUGGAUACUUCUGCUCCCGCGACUGCAACCGGACAGAAUGUCCCAUCAACAUCUACUGGUAGUGUUUCACCCUCAAUUGAGGUUGUGGCCACCCAGCAGACUGGUGAUGACUACAAGAUUAUGGCCAUUCUAAAUGACUUUCAAAUGAUUGACUUUUCUUGACAUGCCACUCUGAACUUU